GUUGCAUGUUCGACCACCGCGACGACAUUGAAGACGGCUACAGGUUGUGCAAUGGCUACAUGCACAGCAAUACCAUCUUACGUCAUACAGUAACCUCCGCCUCUUCAUAAUCAGAUCUUCCGAUCUCUUCUUCGCCAUGGACGACCUCAAGGUGACGCUGCUCUCUUCUCCAGCCCCCGACGCCUCCACUCUCUCCGAAGAACCGUCUCCUCCUCGUCGAUCCCCUCGCAUCCGCGACUUUAAACUGCGCGGACGUCACUCUCUCCCCAAUUGGAUGUAUCCUCCAGAAGGCGAGACUCGUCGACUCAUGGUGCCCCCACACUCAAUCCAAGCCACUCGCGACUUCCUGGAGGUCCCCAAGGAACAUCUAAGCGAGUGGCCGUCCACUGCCAUCUGUGGCAAUGAUAUCCUAGCCAGUGUGCUCUAUUCAUCGGGAAUUGUGGCGGCUAAAGCCGGCAAACUGACACCUCUGGCUCAGACCUUCGUGGCUUUCGUGCUCUAUCUCUUCCGCUCUAUCUACGAGGAAGCCGUGACUGCCAUCCCCUUAAACGGAGGCUCUUAUAAUGUCCUACUCAACACAACGUCCAAGAGAACAGCAGCAGUGGCUGCAACACUCGGCAUCAUCUCGUACUUAGCCACGGGUGUGGUCUCCGGCACCUCUGCAUUGCGAUAUCUCGAUACUCAAGUGGACGUGAGCGUCGUGCCCGGUACCGUCGCGCUGCUCUUUGUGUUCGCCAUGCUGUCGAUCAUUGGAAUCGCCGAGAGCGCAACCGUAGCCUUGAUAAUAUUCAUCGCCCAUGUCACCACAUUGACGCUUUUGAGCGGAUUUUCACUCUACUACGCAGUGCAGAAUCCGGAUAUUUUUUGGCAGAAUAUGAAGACGGAUUUCCCGGAUGUCAAUGUGGCUGGCGAUGUGAUCAAGGGGAAUCUACUAACGGGGAUUUUCUACGGAUAUUCGUCCGCUAUGUUGGGGAUCACCGGGUUUGAAACCUCAGCCCAAUUUGUCGAGGAACAAGCACCUGGUGUUUUCAGAAAAACUCUGAGGAAUAUGUGGAUAUUCGCUACAUUUUACAAUUUGUUACUGUCCUUCUUGUCACUCGCAGUACUGCCGUUAGAAGGACCUGGAGGGAUCUACAGUGACAAGGAUGUGGUGCUAGCAAUGAUGGGUCGUGUGGCUGCUGGCAAGUGGUUGGAGAGUUGGGUAUCCGUUGACGCCUUUGUGGUGCUGGCUGGAGGAGUUCUGACGUCGUACGUGGGUAUCACUGGUCUUGUACGUCGCUUGGCGUUCGAUCGCGUGCUUCCGGCGUUUCUAACACGCACCAACAAGUGGAGAGGCACGAAUCAUUAUAUUAUCCUGCUCUUCUUCGCGCUACAAGCCAGUCUAGUUAUCUUACUACAUGCAGAUGCGACGGUACUCGCUGGCGUGUUCACGUUUGCGUUCCUCGGUGUCAUGGCUCUGUUCGCUUUUGGUUGUAUGCUGCUAAAGUUGAAGCGUGAAGAUAUCCCACGGGACGUGCAUGCUCCGUGGUGGAGCUGCAUCUUUGGACUGGUGAUGGUGCUACUUGGUCUACUGGGGAAUCUUCUGGGGGAUCCAGCGAUCUUUACGUAUUUUGCUCUGUAUUUCGUGGUGUUUGCCUCGACGAUGUUCAUCAUGCUGGAACGGGUCUUCAUUCUGCGUAUUUUGCUGUACAUUAUGCAGCAACUCUUCCCGUCUAGUAGUGCUCGUGAUGGUGCAGUCGAAGAUAUUGAAACAGCGAAGUCUCAAGGCAAAGUGAAGCCUGGAUCUCGGACUGGAGCUAAAGGUGGUCGUACGAUUACUGCGGUGCUGCAAGAAAUCCACCUCCCUCCGAUUGUAUUCUUCCUCAAGACCCCAGAUCUGCCGUUGCUUAACAAAGCAAUUCUCUACGUGCGUAAGAACGAGCAGACGCAUAAUUUGUACGUCGUACACGUGAGUGAAGACACUAACUUAGACGAAGAGGACAGUGCCGAAGUGACUGAAGCGGAUGUGCAACGACGCCAACUUGAACGAGAGAAUGUGGAGGAUAUGCGAGAGAUGACGCGCGUGUUCGACCUCACGUAUCCGAAAAUUAAGAUCGACUUUGUUCACAUUUGCGGCUCGAGUUUCGAUACUGCGCUUGUCCACUGGCUGGCAGAAGAACUGCAGGUUAAACCCAACAUGAUGUUCAUUCGACAGCCUGGCACCAAGCACAUUCAUCAGGUUGCUGCACUAGGUGUCAGAGUCAUCACUGGCUAGAAAAGUGAAGCUCCUUCUCAGACUGAGGCAGAAAUGAGGUUCCUGGAGUGAGCUUUAUCGUGUGCGUGGCAGUCGCGAGGAGCCUAACAAAGCUGACAACGGUAGAGUACGUUGUACACUGUUGGGCAUCAGCAUGAUGAACUCCCGAUCUAGAAUUUGUGUCCAUCGUCGCCCCGAUGCUGCUGAGUUUCGCUACACGUGCACGUAAACUUCUUGGGUUACACCAGAUGACCCACCUCUGCCUCUUGGCCUUCAAUUUCCGGACCCGCACGCGGCUCUCGUCAAAGCUCGCUGGAAUUAGCCUUCAAUUUCAAGGAACAGCGCUGCUUACAAAUAUAUUUUGUCCAGUCGUAAGCCCUUCAAGUGAAUAGCUGUUCAGUGAGUUAAUUAACUCGCAAUUUCAUUUAGACUACCAUUUCGUGACGUGGACUUCGUGUGCUUUAAGAUCGAAGGGAAAUUACGAUAUUGCUGCCAAAUGAUGGCAAUCAUCCUCACC